AUGUCAAAUGGUAUUUUGACGUCUAGGUUGAUGGAAGAACGUAGACUAUGGAGAAAAGAUCAUCCUUAUGGAUUUUAUGCUCGACCUCAAAAGAAUAAAGAUGGUACAUUAAAUAUACGUAUUUGGGACGUUGGAAUACCUGGCUUAAAAGGUACACCUUGGGAAAAUGGACUCUAUAAACUUACAAUUACAUUUUCUGAAGAUUAUCCCACAAAACCCCCUAAAUGUAAGUUUAACCCGCCUUUAUUCCAUCCCAAUAUUUAUCCUUCUGGAACAGUUUGUCUAUCUAUUUUAAAUGAGGAAGAAGGUUGGAAACCUAGUAUUACCGUUAAACAGAUUGUACUUGGUAUUCAACAUCUUUUGAAUGAACCUAAUCCGGCAAGUCCCGCUCAAGCAAAAGCUUAUGAAUUAUACACAAAAGAUAAGGUAGAAUAUUUGAAACAAAUCAAGCUACAAGCUAGAGAAAAUUAUAUAAGGUAG